AUGAUGGGGGUUAGACUCAGAGUCGCUCUCUUGCUCCUCCUGCUGGCUGUGAGGUGCAUAGCACAUGAAGAAUUCAAGAAGAACUGAUGUGUUUGUGGAUACCCAGGAAUACCAGGAGACCCAGGCCACAACGGAAUGCCAGGCCGAGAUGGACGAGACGGGUUCAGAGGUGACAAGGGAGACCGAGGGGAAAUCAGCAUCACUGGACCAACAGGACAGAGUGGCCCCAAAGAAGACAAGGGAUCUGCAGGUACGGCUGGCCUGGCAGGAAUAAAGGGAAAAUGGGGUGAGAAUGGAGAGAAGGGGCCACCGGGGAAGAUGGGGCCCCAAGGAGUCUCAGGGCACUUGGGCCUCAAGGAGAUCAGGUUACCAGGACCCCAGGCAAAAAGGGAUUUGGGGCCUCUGGGACCUGAAGGCCAGAAGGGGGAGAUCGGGUUCCAGGGGGAGCGAGGCAUCCAAGGGCCCUUGGUACCCCCAGGACGACCAGGUCCGAAGGGAGACCUCGGCCCCCCAGGGUUCAAAGGCAACAUUGGUUACGACGGAGAGCAAGGGUCAGGCGGCGAGACAGGGGACAAGGGGGAGAAGGGUACAUCCCUCAUCCCAAAAAGUGCGUUCUCAGUCGGUUUAACCGAAACCACCAAACUCCCACCGGCGAACACGCCGUUCAGGUUCGACAAGGUGAUCUACAACAGGCAGAACCAUUACGACGCACAGACCGGACGGUUCACCUGCGCUCUGGCUGGGGCCUACUACUUCACCUACCACAUCACUGUGUUCUCCCGUAAUGUAAAAGUAGUAUUAGUGAGAAACGGGUUGAAGGAUAACUACACGAGCAGUGAGGACCAGGCAGAAGGUGGGGCUGUCCUGCACCUGGAGAAGGGGGACAAAGUGUGGCUGCAGGUGGCUGGAGGAGAGCUCUUUAACGGGCUGUUUGCUGAUGAAGAUGAUGAUACAACCUUCUCUGGGUUCCUGCUCUUCGGUGCAGAUUAG